UUGCCACCCACUUUCGUGCACGCCCAAGUCAUUUCCACCAUUCAUUUCACUUUCCGCACAAAGUGGUGCCCAGUUGAGAUCCGGAAGUUGUGCAACGUGGUCCGUGGUGUCCGUUAUACGUGAUUGGGUAUGCACCCCAAAGUCCUGGCCAUGUUGGCCUCUCUCCUAGCGUGUCUCCUCAACGUGACUGUUGAUGCUCAAUUUAACAUGAGUGAGUACUACAAGAUGCCCAAAUUGUAUCUAAUGGAUGACUACGACCGCUGUUUGGAUGAAUACAAUGUAUCCACCUACUGCAUUGCAACGUCCAUCAUUAAGCCUAAUGCCUCAUCAGCCCUUUGGGAUUACAUUGAGAAAUUUUCUGCAAAUAGGAAAAAACAUUUCCGGCAUGAUCACCUCCAACGUGGGAUUUGUAUUCAUGUGUGUCAGGAUUUAAUGGAUCGUUUUGAUUCUGACGAGCAAUUGUCCUACUUUCAGGAGGAAUUCCCCACUGAUUACGAGGUCAAGCUAGAUCCGCGGAUUUUUGCCAAAUCUCGACACUACCGGCAGCUGUAUGAUCAACUUAUAAAUCAAUGCAUAAAUUAUGAGCUAAUUAAUGCCCAUGAUCUCGUGGCAUUCUCGCAAAUUGAGUACUGUGUGACGAAUCAUGAGAUCCUUGAUUAUGAUUUUGUGGAUAUUUGCUUCUUCUUCGUACUGGUUUCCCUCAUAACGACCGUCUUUGCGUCCACAUACCUCGAUAGGAGACUCAAAAAGACACGUCCUGUGGAGGAGCAGACAACUGAGCACUACCGGAUGCCACUGCAGGGUCCUGCCAAUGGGCGCGUAACAUUCUCCUUUCUACGCAAUUGGUAUCGCCUAAUGUCUGGCCCUAAGACCAAUGCGGAUAAGGAUUUGCGUUGUAUUCAUGCCAUGAGAUUUCUUACGAUGUUUUGUGUCAUCAUCGGUCAUACCAUUCUUUUCCUCAAUGUUUUUCCCGUUCUCAAUCCACAAUACAUUGAAAUGAACUACUACAGAUUCAUCACAAUGAUCCUCAUAAAUGGGCAUACAGUCAUCCAGACUUACUUUGCCAUCAGUGGAUUCCUUUUAUCUGUUCAAUUUAUGGAUUACAAGGAAAAUCAAAAAGUUUUCCAUUUAUCCUACUUCUUUAAAGCCAUCUUCUACCGAUACGUACGCCUUACGCCCGUCUAUGCCUUUAUGAUCUUCUUUCAUGCCACCCUCCUCAUCGACGUGCAAUCCGGUCCACUGUGGAAGCACGUGGCGGAAACCGAAAAGUCCUUCUGUCGCUCCAACUGGUGGACCAAUAUUCUCUACAUCAACAACUACGUACGCGUAGAGGAGCCUUGCCUUCAGCAUGGUUGGUACCUUGCAACGGAUUUUCAGAUGUUCAUCAUUGGGUUAACACUGCACAUGAUCAUGUGGCGCUUCCCAAAGUCCACCAAACUCCUCCUUAGCAUAUCCGUGUUUGUCUCCUACCUGAUUCCCGGCAUUGUUACGUAUAGGAAUAAAUUCGAGGGUGUUGUAAUCAUACGUCCGGAGUCUCAAAAGUACGGCAUGUGGUUUGAUGAUGUCUACAAGAAGAUCUACAUUCCUACGCACACAAAUAGUGGCACUUAUUUGGCGGGAAUGGUGGCGGGACUUUUGUACAAUAAACUCAAGAAGAAGGAUCUCAAUCUCAGGCAGAAUCGAGCUUUCAUAUGGGCUUGGUAUGCUAUUGUCCCAACAGGAGCCCUUCUCCUCCUCUCUGCAUAUUGGUUCUAUGCGUGCACAAUGGAAAAACCAGCCUUCUGGAUUGCUAUCUAUGCUGCAAUCAUGAAAAAUCUCUGGGGUGUCCUUGGAGGAAUUCUCAUUAUUGGGAGUGCUUUUGGUGUUGGAUGGAUAGCACGCGAUUUUCUCUGCAACCCAAUUUUUCGACCACUUGGUCGCAUCACCUUCUGCGUCUAUCUUUGCCAUCCAUUCAUCUUGCGUGCAACAAUGGGCAAUGUUCGACAGCCAGUCUUUCUCAGUGACUCCACAAUUAUCGUCUACGUCUCAUCAACACUCAUCCUUUCAUACCUGGGUGGUGCUCUUCUGUGCAUUGUGCUGGAGCUUCCCGUAUCAGCCAUUCAGAAGCAAAUGCUUAAUCGCAAUAAAGUAGAUCCUGCUUUCUUGGACAACACCAUUGAGCUCGUGCACAACACAUGAAGCCUAUUUUUUUUUGCUCUUCGAAACCUCCAAGUUCAAAAAUCGGUAUUUUGUUAGUUUUAAUUUUAAAUAAAUUCCA